CCUCCAUGAUGCAGCCGCUCCUGCUCCCGCUCCUGCUGGCCUUCCUCCUGCCCCCCAGGGCAGAGGCAGGGGAGAUCAUCGGGGGACAUGAGGCUGUACCCCACUCCCGUCCCUACAUGGCCUUUCUUCAGUUCUGGUAUCAAGAGAAACAGUACCAGUGUGGCGGUUUCCUGAUACGAGAAGACUUCGUGCUGACAGCUGCUCACUGUUGGGGAAGCUCCAUGAAUGUCACCCUGGGAGCCCACAACAUCUGGAGGUGGGAGGAGACCCAGCAGUUCAUCCGUGUGAGAAGACGCAUUCCCCACCCAGACUAUAAUGAUAGCACCUUGGCCAAUGACAUCAUGCUGCUGCAGCUGGAGAGAAAGGCCAAGUGGAAUGCAGCUGUGCAGCCCAUCAGGCUGCCCAGGGUCACAGGUGGAGUGAUGCCAGGGAUGGUGUGCAGUGUGGCAGGCUGGGGCUGGACUGCUCCACAGGGCCCAUCCUCAGACACGCUGCAGGAGGUGACGCUGGCAGUGCAGAAGGACCAGGAGUGUGAAUUCCACUACCACAAUAGUUACAUCAGGGCCACGCAGAUUUGUGUGGGGGACCCAAAGCUAAAAAAGUCUUCCUUUCUGGGUGACUCCGGGGGCCCUCUGGUGUGUAACAAUGUGGCCCAGGGCAUUGUCUCCUAUGGGAUGGAGGAUGGGAGGCCUCCAGUAGCCUACACCAAGGUCGCAAGUUUCCUACCCUGGAUAGAAGAAACCAUGAGAAGCCUCCAUCUGCAGGAAGCAGACUAAGCCCCUCUGUGAAUGACCAAGUUCUCUGGAUCUCAGUCCAGAUUUACACUGGGGGAGGUGCCAGUAACUGAAUAAAUGUGCC